AAAAAAAUUAUUAAUGACAAAUCGACCGCAGAGUAUCUCGUUAAACAUUAAUCACCAAACCCUCGUGCAUUAAUCAAUUUCUCGAACGACCGGCCCCGACGAAAUUGGCGCAGAGCUCGAUAAACAAAAGCGUUGGCAAUGAUCGACGGCACGAGCUCGCGACUUUCAAGCCGGUGAGGCACGCCUGCUCAUUUCCUGCGGGAGGUAUCACUGUCGGUAUUAUGUGAGCGACGACGAGAGAAGAGGAUAAUUUCUCCUGACCCAGGUCGCCGGAACACCUGUUGAUCCCAGGCUCUCGUCCCCGAGAUCGACUCUGCCCUGGGCCGGCCGGGCGGCGAAACACGUCUCGAAGAGAGCGAUCCACGCGGAAAAGUCCCGGACCCACGAUGUCGUGCGUGCGUCAUCAAUCGUCGAAUCCUCCGAGGGAAAGGUGCUACUACAGCGGGCAGCACAAUCGUUACGCGAAGGUCCCUUAUUCGCCGACGAUUGCGUCGCAGGACGCCUACCGAACCGGAUACUGCGCCGGCUGGAGAUCGCUGGAUUCCCAAAGCAGCAGCUUCGAGAUGCAGUCGUCAGGAAGGGAAUACUGCUCGGCCAGAGGAGACCAGCCGUUCACGGACACCAGGAUGGUAACUGGAAGAGCGUCGUCCUGCAGGCAGGAGUCGGUCAGAAGCGUGGACCCGAACGUCCUUGAGAAAAUGCAGACGGCGUUAAAGAUGCUGGAGGACAGUAACGUGGCAAUGCAAACAAGGAAUCAGAGCCUCGUCGAGGAGAACAAAGCGCUUUUGGCCAAGUUGGACGAAGAACGGAACGAGGUACUGAGGCUCGAGAAGAAGAUGAUGGUCCUGCGGAUGGAGCUCGAUCGCGAGAAGCUGAGACUGCUGGAGACAAAGGAGGCCGCGGAACAAUGCAAGCACGCGCCGGCCGUCGAAGCGAACGGAACGUCCACGACGAACAUUAUCACGAAGCUCGACAGGGGCGUGCAGAUUUGGGCGGUGUGCUCCGGGUGCCAGAGGAAGCUGGAGAGCUGCGAGAAACUACCUCCCACUGUCACCAUUACCAAAUCGGAGCUGGAGGAGCUUGAGAAGGACAUGAAAGCCCUCCGGGACACUAUAAUCGCCAGGGAGGAGGCGUGGGACAAGGCGAUGGAGCGCGAGCAAAAUUACAGGCAGCAGUUGACUCGAUUUACUACGGAGACAAUCACGGCUCGUCACAUGGCGGACACGCGUUACGAGGAGCUGCAAGCUGCCAACAAAGCUCUGUCGGAGAAGGAAUCGGAAUUGAAGUCGCUGCAAAAAGAGAACCUCUACUUAAACAAGCUAACAACGAAGCUGUAUAACUGUCAGCAAAGUUACAAGGACGAGCACCAAAGGAAUAGCUUCCUUUUGGACGAGAAGGAUCAACGGUACAUUGAGGAUAUUCUGCGACGAUCGUCAAGCGGAAAGAACAAGCAGAAGCAGAAGCCGCGGACUACUGAGAAGAAUUAUGGCAAUCAGGCCAGCCCUCGCGAUCGAAGCGCAAGAACGAAAGAUCAAGGGGGCCCUCUGAAACAACCGAAACGUUAAAGACGUUCGCUGCGAUGCGUUGGAUCCCCUGAAUCCUGUUUCAAUUAAUUGACGAUUUCAUGAAAUCCCGUUCUGCUCCUUAGAUCAUGUUUGUACAAUGCAUUUAACGAACCUUACUUUUUACUCAUCUGUACACCCGUUUGAUAUUGUUGAAUUUAAAUUGUAACGAGUGGGUGGAAUAUUAAAGUGGAAUUACGUUAAACGAA